UCUCAGUAGCUCCAAGCCUGAAGGUUCCCCCACCACCGUUACUGUACGAAAAUGACCCAACUGCUAAAAUAAUUGAUCUAUAUCUUGCUCCGGAUGUGGCAACUGAGAUCAGUAACGCUGAUGCUGAAAUCGCCCUAGAAAGUUUAAUUAACGGUUAUAUAGAAAC